AUGAUUCCAGAGGAGGACCCAGUUUUUGGAAUCCUCCUUAAGAAGUUUCCACCAACUCAGGAUGAAGAUUUUAUAGGCUUGGACAGCGAGUUCAAUGACUAUAAAAAUUUCCCUGAGUUCAAAAGAGAAGACAUUAUAUUUGCGUAUCAAAAACACUUAGCUGGAGCUUCUUAUCAUGAUUUGCUCCUCGAGCUAGAGUACAAUUACAAGUAUUCCGAGGACAUUUUGAGAACUAUUGUCACUUACAAAAAUUGGACACCAUCACAAAUUCAAACAUUAUCACGAAUAGCACUGUUCAAUUUCAUCAGUUUCGUCACAAAAAUCGUAAAUGACAAUCUAAUGCUUACAAUUGAGUCUUUAUUUUUCGUUAUUCAAUCUCAAUAUUCUCAAUUAGCUAUACCUGCCUUAGAUUACUUAUUCGAACACUGUCUAGCAUCACAAGGAAUCGAAAAAAACAUAGCUAUUGACUAUAUAAAGAAGCUAUUCAACGAAUUUCCGAUUCUUGCAAAACCAAUUGUUCCAAUCUUAUCAGAAUACGCGAAAGACUUAUGUCCUCAGCCCAACGACAACCAGGAAAAGAUAGAAACAACAACAGAUUUCUUCAGUUUCAUUGUCAGAUUCGCACAAACUCAUCCGAACUACUUCAACGCAAUCGAAUCCGGAGAAUUCGUCAAAGGCAUAAUGCCAGCAAUAGUACGACUCGAUGACAACGCGUUAAAACUACUUUUUUCUCUUUCUCCAUAUCUUGAUGAAAAUACUAUGAUUACAACAGUAGUUUCUCUUCCAAUGCUCAUCAGAGAACAAGUAGAGAAGGAGGAGCCAUUCCUUGUUCCAAGAACUCCAGACAAUCAACAGAUAAAUACCUUAGAAUUUCUAAAUCAGUUUAAUCAGUCGAAAUUCACUCCUUACAAAGAAAGUCUGACCGCGUCUUACACUCAUCCGCCCAGGGAAACGUUCAAAAUGGGAAUCGAUAUCAAAAAAGGCGUAAAAAUAAGCGAACAACCCACAACAACGAAAUUAAUCAGAAGCGACUUGUAUCCGAAGCUAGAACUCAUCGGACAAUCGCUCUUCAAUCAUAUCAACGCCGCAAAAAUUUUGUUGGAUAAUUACGGACAAUGCGUAAAUACUUGCCAGAACUCGAAGCAUUUCUACGACCAUGUAGCGAUAAUGAUAACACUAUACAGAUUAUGCCCAAAUACUGAGCUAACGCCCAUCGUUUGGGAGACUUUGUUCCAUACACAUUUAUUCGACCCAAGAAUUAACAUUUUCGAUAAUAAUUCAAUUGAACUCAUCGACCAAUUAAGACUACAGACGUUUAAUACGGUUAAUAUUAACGGAUUUUCGUAUUUACCGCAAAUGUUCAAAUCAUUUUUACAAAAACCUGAACUUGUAGCUGAAAUGCUUCGACGUAUACUCGACGAAUUUGAUCACGUAUCUCCUACAGUACUUAUUUCCUCUUCUUUCGCUAAAAGUCUCUGUAAUAUUAUUGUAUAUUUCCAAUCUCUCCACUUUGAAUGCGAGGAGAGCCAGCUAUACCUUAUAGAGACAACCAGAUCAGUUAUCCUAAUCUUUAUGUCCCAGGUUUUGUCCAAUAAUACCAUUGCUUCAUAUUUAUUUUCUUGCAAAAUUUUUGUGAUCUCAUUUUUCGCUUUAAUUUUUGAGCCGGCGCUUUGUGAUUUUAUUCUCGGAUUAACACGUACGUACUUAACUACGAAAGGUUCUACGCAAACAACAACAGUUAUCAAUGAAUUAAUUGAUAUAUCAAAAUUAAUUUACUUAAGAUUCCCAGUUAAGGUCGAUGUUAAGCUCGCAACCGCUCUACUUGAGACAUUGAACGAUGUAAUGAGCCAUUCACAAAAACUUAUUGAGCCAAUUAAAGGAUUAUCGGAUUCUAUUUGCUCUGUUCUUCCUGUUUUGGAGCCGAAUGAAGUAUGCGAUGCUUACUUAGUCCAGGCAUUGCAUUUCUUUACUGUCGUUGCUUCAACUUUGAGAAUUAAAUCCCCUCAUAUGCAAGCAAUCACAAAAGGAAUACAGAGAGUAGAAGGCGGUAACAUAUCCGCACAGAUAUUCACAUAUCUCAAACAAAUAGCCGCUGGAACUCAGAUUUCUUCGGUUUCUCCGUUUUUUGUGAUUCAACAACCGAAAGCAAUCAAAGCAUUGCUUAAUAUUACGAGGCAGUCGAAGGAGUUUUCCUCAGUUAUCACAUUCUUACUCAGUUUGGUUCAUUUUACGUACCAAAAUUGUAUUAUUAUGAACAGAUCUGGUAUAGAUAUGCUUCUUUUGGAGAUUAUUGAUGAGCAGAAAGGUGGAGAAAUCCCACAAUCGAUAUUAGAUGGCGUUUUUUCGAUAAUUACUUCGAUUUCUUUAGUUGUUUCUUCAACUUUAGUGAUGCACAGGUUCUUAAGUCUGAUGUUUCCUAUAGAAGGAAAGUAUUUGUCCUGUUAUCAUCAAUAUUUUGUGAAGAAAUUAAUCGGAAUUACAUCUCUCGCACAUAGAGCGCCACAAGCAUACAUUGCUAUACGUUCUCCUGUAAAGAUCCUUGUAAAGAACAUGACGAGAGAAGAUUUAGGCGAUGAAUUUACGAUUUGUUUUUGGAUUUAUGUAGAUCAUGCAAUUUCGCAAGCCCAUUCGAAGAUUAUUGAGAUCUUUGAUCGCAAACUAAGAGGUUUCAAUGUCUUUAUUUCCAGCGGAACUUUAUUAUUUACUUGUCUUGCAAAAACAACAGAAUCAACUGCCAGAAUCGACGUAACUCCUCCACGAGGACAAUGGUGCUACAUUGCCAUGGAGAUAGCCUUCUCCGGCCAAGGAAAAACCUACGUCCAAACGCGAAUAAAUGAUGAAUUAGGAAGACGUUUAGAAUUUCGCUGGAAAGGACUGAAAUCCGGGCCAAUAAAUAUCCAGAUUGGAGAUCAUAUCACAAACAAUAAAAGGGACGAAUAUCCGCCAGUUUUAUUGGGAAAUUUACAAAUUUUAGGAAUAAUUUCCCAAGACGACAUGAAAACUAUAACAGAGAACGGGCCAAGAGGUAACUUAAGCCAGGACUGCAAAUUAUCACUCCAAUUAUCAGAUAGAGAAGGGAUUGUAAAUUGUUCAUUUAAUUCAAUGAACAAACUCUGCCAAUUCGACUUCAUUGGAGGCCCAGUUGCUUGUAUGACCUCUUUCAUUGACGUUCUCCUCAAUCUCUGCAAAGUUCGUGCUUUAAUUCCUUUAUUUUCUCUUUUUGACUUAAGAACAACGAAAGGUGACAAAUUCACAGAAAUUCCAGAACUUAUUGUUGAUCUCUUUACCUCAACACUUAGUAUUUCCCAGAAUAUACAAGCCAGUUUCACAAAUGCUUAUGGAAUCCAAAUAAUUAGUCACUUAAUCCAAGAAAGUAAGACAUUUCCACGUACGUACCAAAUGUACAUGAGGUUCUGCAACAUGCUGAGUUCAGUAACCCACAGACCAUUGCAAAAAGCGAUUUUAGAAUCGAUUUUAUGCAAUUUUUCGUUUAUUUUGCAGUUCGAUCCACUGACACAGAUGCGCAUAAUCAAAUACUGGAAGCGAAACCUUCUUCCCGGAUACCCCCAGAUCUUUCCAGAAGUACUUCCAGUUCAAAAUUUGAUUUCGGCGAUGCACGCACACUUCGAGAAAGGCAGUUCGAUGAUAGAAACCAUCAGGGACAACAUCAGACAACUGAUUGUCGAUGUUUCCGCGAUUUCUAUCAAUGAAACUGACGUUUUAUGUCUGAUUUCGGAUGCAAUUUCGACUAAUUCCAUCAAAAGAGUCAAAGAAACACUGAAAGUCAUAGCAGAAAUCUUUGAUGUAGAACAAGGAACACCUGUAGACAAGUUAAAGUUCCACAUUACUCACAUUGUUUUGUUGAAUAACGUAAUUCCCAAUGGCGACAACGAAGUUUUGUUACUUCUGAUAUCAAUCAUCAGUUCCAUACAGAGAUUGAACCUUGUUCCCGCCAUUAAUCCACGAAUUCACUACGAACUCGUCAUGCAAAACAUCACAAACAAAUGUUUAAGUCAUGACACAGCAAUUUCUUUAGCGACAUUUGUUAAUGCGUACGGAUCUGAUUUGUUGCCAAUCUGUUUGUACGUUGCAAUGAAUGUCGAUGACACUGCUUUGUACGAGGUUUACGAGACCCUCAAGCCAAUACAAAACCUCUCAAACCACGCGAGAAUGUGGAUAAUUGCAAGUGUCAUAAAAUCUUCUUCUGACAUCAGAAACAAAGCAUUGAAUUUUCUGUUGAGUUGUGAAGGAGAUUGGAAUGACACCAUUGCAACGAUUUCGUUAGUGAAUAACUCAUUGGGUGAAGAUGCGAAUAACAUGAUAAUUGAUUUCUUGAUUUUGUUGAGUCAUAAGAUUUUGGAAGAAAAUUUAGAUGACAAAUAUGAAAAUUUCUUUACAUUGGCAAAAAAUGCUAUUUUCUUCCAUUCCGAUUUGAACAACAAAAACAGUCCAUUGUUUAAAGAAUUCGCCACUUCAUUGUUUUAUACAGAAGAAGACACGAGUUCAGAAAUAAGUGAAACAAACCAAAACAAUGCAUUCGAAACAUUGAGAACGAGAUCAAUGAUGUCUAGAUCAUUUAUUUUUGUAAAUGGUGAUGAAAAUUUUGAAAAAAGUGAUGUGGAAGAUGAAAAAGAAAUUGAUUUGUUACAAAGUUCUUUCGCUAAAUCAAUGUCUGAAUCUAAUGUAAUCAUUCCAGGAGUUCCACAAUUGACAAUCAAAAAGAAAAGAAGACUUUCUUUCGAUGAAAACAAACAAAUUUCAACUCAUUCCUCUUUAAACGUGUUUUUGUUCAGGCCGCCAACAGAAUCUAAACUUUUGUUUAACAUGAAUGAUUUCUACCAGAAACUGGAAGACUUCGCAAAGAAAAAGAAUGAACUCAUUUUCUCUAUAAGAAGAGAUAAAAAUGGAAGAUGGUUGGAUAUUGAUAUCGCGUCAAUUUUCAUAAAAUUAUAUUUGUCAAAACCGUCGCCGUUACAUUUAUCAACUGUUUUAGUUUUGCUGAUGAUAAUGAUGCAUUACCAGCAUUUGUUCGUUGAAAAGAUCAUCAACCAACUGAAUCCGACUGCCCAACAAAUCAAAAACAACAAAGUUUAUUUCCAAGCUUUGAAAUUUGAGAUGCAAAAAUUGGAAUUAAAAACAGAAAAUAAAAUUUUCACUUCACAAAUAUUGUCGGAGAAAUCGAAAAUAGAGUGUUUAGAGAUGUUCGCAAACUCUAUAUCAGUUGUUGAUCAGCAGAGAGUGUUUAGAACAGCAGAAAUCAUAAGAAAAGACAAUUUGAAGAUGGUUGAAUUGCAAGCGGAAUUUAUUAAUUUUGAAAACGCGGAAAACAUCGGAUUUUCUUUGAAACAGAGCUCUAAAUUAGUAAUAUCAGAGCAGAGAUCGAACAAGAACUACCAGAAGUUCUGGCAAAGACUGUGGUCGGCAAUGACAAUGCCUCUCGCUCUCUGGGAAGGAGCGACAUCAAAGAAAAUAGAAAUGAUUUACCAAAGAGAUUACAAAUUAUGCAGUCACUUUUCAGCUGUAAAACAAAAAAUCAACAGACCUUAUUUGCAGCAGAAAUUGGCACAGUCACAACCUGGCUUCGAGUGCUAUUACUACUGUAAUGAUGAUACAGAAUGUCAUGGAACAAUCGAUGUCUCAAAAAGUGGAAUAAUUUUGGGUUUGGAUUCAGGCGUUAAAUUCAUUCACGAUUUUCACAUAAAAUUUAUCAUUUCUAUAGUUUACAAAAACCAUUCUGCUAUAGAAGUGAUAAAGAGAAACGGUUCUAUCGUUAUUAUAACCGUCAAAGAAAUUUCGGAAAUUUUGAGUCUUUUGAACCAAAAUUUGACAACUCCUGAAUUUAUUUCCACCGAAAUAAACAAUCCAUCGGAAUUCUUGAUAAAGACGAAAUCAACUGAGAAAUGGUCGAACGGAUUGAUCUCCAACUUCGAGUACUUAAACCUCGUGAAUUUGGCUGCAGGAAGAUCUUAUUACGACAGAAAUAAUUACCCAAUUUUCCCUUAUGUUGUAACUGACAUGAAAAGUGACAAAAUUGACAUAAAUGAUCCAAAAAUUUACAGAGAUUUGAGGAAAUCGAUGGGUUUGUUCAAUGAUGAGCGUGUUAACGAGUUACACGACUUGCAUCCCGAUUAUUUAUUCGAACAAAGCUAUUCGACAUCGAAUUCAAUCAAUUCUUUUUUGGGCGGAUCAGUGAAAAUUUCUGAAAUGCUCAAGAUUUCGGAAAUGAACAAUUUCGAACUCACCCCUGAGUUCUUCUCCUUCCCUGAGUGUUUCACUGACUCUCAGAUUCCUCCAUGGGCAUCAUCACCUGUUGACUUUGUUUACAAAAACCGAAAAGCACUGGAAUCUGUCAUGGUUUCUGCCACUUUACAUAUUUGGUUGAAUUUAGUUUUUGGUGUCAAAAUGCCACUUUUUAAUCCAAAAUUUUCUGAAGAUUUUUCGGAAGAUUUCGUCAAUAAACACGGAACUCUUCCGCCAAUAGUCUUCAACCAGCCACAUCCUGUAAGAACAAUAGAUUUCCCACCGCCACUUUUAUCGACUCCGACGGUUUUGACAACUGACUUAAAAGGUGUCAGUUUCAUUUCCUCAUCGAUAGAAGACAACAAACUGAAUCUGAAAUUCGUUCUGAGGAGUGGAUAUCAGAGACAGUUUAUUUUUACAGGAAGUGAACUGAAAAUUUCAAGUCCUGAUUUAAUUUUUGACAAAAACAAUGUUAGUCAAACUGUUUCUUCUUCCAGUUUCGAACUUACAACUGCAGAGACAAAAUACGGAAUUUGCACUUGUUCAGGCAAUUCCGCGAAUGUCGAAGUGAUUGGGAAGAACAGAAUAAUCAGAACUCCUUUCGGAUUGAUCAGAUCAAUUUCUGGCAGUGGAAAGUUUAUUUCCGCUGUUUGUACUGACAUGACAACAAGGAUUUGGGACCUUGAAACUGAUUCUGUUUCUUAUGUUUCGAGUUACAGAGAUUACACGAUUUGUUCUUGUGUUUCUGAAGAAUUCGGAGUUGUUGUUUCAGGAACAAGAGACGGAACAAUCCAAGUUUGCACUUUGGGAGGUGUCGUCGUCAGAGUUAUUUCUCUUGGAAACAGGAAACCAUUGAGAGUUUUAGUUUGCCCUGGCUCUGGAUUCAUCUGUGUUUUGAGCGAAAGAACAGAUGAUAUCGCGAGACAGAAAGACAUUGUUGUGUUGACAAUCAACGGAAUAUGGAUUGGCUGCAUGGAAGUUCCUGGAAUAAGGUGCUGGAGCGCGUGGGAAGACUGGAGAGGAAUAGAUUACGUUGUUUUGGCGACAGAAGAAAUGAAAGUAAUAACUUUGGAAGUAGGAACUUUGGAAUUGCCAAAAGAGAAAUUAAGAUGCCACAUUGCACCUGUAUCAAUGAGUUAUUGCAAGGAAGGAGGAAUACUUUGCUUGGUAGAUGAUGAUGGUGUUGUACAAAUAAUCACUAUUUAA